ACAAAAUCAGAACUGAUAAGUUUUUGAGUAUAUGGAUUAUUUAAUUAAAGCCUUAUGUUUUGAUCUUUUUAGCAUCUGUGAUAGGAAAACUUUUAGAUUUUGAAACUUUUGUUCUAAAUGUGUGAACUGUCCAUUUCCGAGUUUUAAGUGAGUUUCACUGAACCGAAUGUAAGUUGUACAAGACAAAACAUAAAGAAUAAAGUAAGGACGGAGGCGUUUCAUUAUUAGGAAUUUAAGUCUAGCGGCUAGCGCUAACAUGACGAGAUCUAGUUAUAGUGGAAUAAUUUAUUGAUCAAUACAAUAUAUUACUAUUGUCUCGGUAUGGAUCAAAAUUUAUUUUAAGAUCAUUUAAAAAAAUGAAUUAUUGAAAUUGAAAGCUAAACAUUAUGACAUUAGGAUGUCACGUCAAAUUAUGUGAGAAGUCAUUUUAGUCCAUUAGAGUUCAUUAGUCUCAUUAGAGUGAUUCAUUAGACAACAAUGAUUAUGAUUAUGAAUGAUUAACAUUUAUCAUUGAAAUUAAAGGUAGGUCUAAAUGUUUAUGGAGAGAAACGAAAAUAGGAUAAAAAUGUUAAAUUUCAAUGAAAAGAAUUCAGCUCGCACUGGUACGUACAUUUUGUGGUGAACAUAGCUACUUACUAAUAUAUAAUAUACUAAGGCUACUUUAUAAACUUUAUUGCAUCCAUCUGGAUAUGCGGCAAGAAGUGCCAACGACCUGUGGUCGCUCCCUUUCCUCACAUAAUUUCUGCCAGUACAUAAAUUUCUUGGUGAACAUAGCUACUUUAUUGUAUCCAUCAGGUUCCACCAAAAAGAAAAUCCAAAAGUUCUCAGAAAAUCAAUACAAUACAAUAAUUAAACCCAUUUUCCAAAAUGCUUUGAAAUUUAUAUAUUAUAUAUUAGGCCUAUAAGUAACAAACAAAUCAAAUUUUAAUAAUUAUAAUUAACCAACCAAUGAAAUUUUAAUUUAAAAUAUUCCAGCAUAGUAUUAAGGAAAAUUUAACUCUAGUAACCAGAAGAAGAUCAACAAAAUAGAGAGAAUCCUAAACAGACACAAUUCAUGGCAUGGAGAAAGUAAAUUGACCAAAUUAAUCAUUAAGUUUGAUAAGAUCAUUAAGAACUAAGCCUAAGGCUAGGCUAAGGCUUAAGGUAACUAGAGUACAAUACAGGUGACAGGUAGCCUGGUUGCCUAAACUAAACAAUAUUGACAUAACUUAACAACUUUUACAUUCAUUUUUUAAAUCUUAAAGUUUCUUAAUAUAAUAGGCAUCUUUUUUUGUUGUUAUUAUAGUGCUGAAGUAAAAUAAUCUAUAGUAAAGAUACGCAAGGUAUAUAAUAGUAGUAAAAGUAUAUAAAUAUUGAGAGUACUGUUUACAUAACACUGCCACACAACAUCAAAAGUGACAUAAUAACUUAACAUGGUUGGCCUAUCCUAUUCUUAGAUAGUAGAGUACGUAUACACACUAAGACAGUGUCUGUCUCAUCAUAAUCAUAGUGUGAUGUAUAUUUUGGGAUUCCAAUGGCUCAAUAACUUUUUGUUCAAAUGUGCAUGAGCUUAUUUGAGAUCUUCCUAUUUUUGACAUCGGUCAGAAUUUUUAAGUGAUCAUUCUUGAAUAAUCCACAAAUGGAACAUAUAAUAUCUUAUGUUUUUAUGGUUCUGCCAUUUUUAUAAUAUGUAUACAAAAUUUAAACAAAGUUUUUUGGUAUAGAUGCAAUUCUUAGUACUUAAUCAGUAAGUGGGAUGUGUUAUGACAAUAGUUUUCUGUCCGUGAUCAACACAAUGUCCCAUUAUACAAAAUCUGUACUCUCACCAUGUUGGGAAUGAUUUUAUUGUGUUCUCUUAUUGUACUCCACAUUUGAGAUACACAUUAUUAUUGGCAUCAUUAAAAUGGAUGCUGCCAGGUAUAAAUUAUGUAUUUAUUUAUACAACCCUAUUCAACCCAAUAAUAGCAAUCUAAGUCCCUAUUUUAAAAAUUAAAUUUUCUAAACUAAUAAAAACAAAAAUUAAAUAAAUUUGAUUCAUUAUAUUAAUGAUAAUCUGUGACAUUAUUUCAUGAAAAAAGUAGUUUGGGAUCAAUAUGAUAAAAACUUAAGUUCACCAAAAAAAAUAAAUUUGGUUAUGAUUUAUAAUUUGCAGCAAAUUAUAAGUAAUUAGGUAAUUAGGGAACAAUGAUGAUGUAUCAUGGCAUUUUGUCUUUAAAAAAAAAUGAAUGCAGAUGAAAAAUGAAAAAAAAAAAUUUAAGAAAAGUUAGCCACUAUCACCUUGUGGCUUCAUUGUAUAACUUAAGUUUAAUUUUGGGGUGUCUAUUUUGUAAUCACUAUGACAGCUUUAACUUUGUACCAACAUGUUGAUUUAAAAGGGUAUAUAUUAUCUGUCUGCCAGCACAAUAGAUUUUUACUCUGCUAACCCCAGAGAAAUACUCAGUGGCCCAAGAUUUUCUACCUAAGUUUGUGUCUUUUAAUGUACUGAAACAUACAAUAAUAAAAGGUUAAUUUUCUGCAAUCCCAUUCUCAAGACUUCAGUCAAUAAGUUAUCACCAAUGAUAUAGUAACCAAUCAUCAUUAUGAUGAACGAGAUAAUAACCUAUCAUCAUUAUGACCAAUGAGAUAAUAACCUUGUCAAAGAAAAUAUUAUAUCCCUUUAAUUUUGCAGUUUUUUAGUGAACUUAACAUUUUUUCUUCCAAGGGUAGCUGUGAAUUAAUUUUCAAUUCAGCAUUGCAUGAACAGCUGGCGCAGAAUGCAUCUAGAAAAGUAGCCACCGGUAGACAGAAUACCAUUUGGAUUAUUGAUUAGUUUCAUUUCUAAAUUUGUCAAAUCAUUACAGUAAUUAGCACUAUGGAUGAAAGAGAACAGAUAUGCUACAGUCUAAUUACAUGGGUAAUUAUAAUGUCUAUCAAUGUUGAAAUUAUUAUAAAGAAUUAUGUUUAUAAAAGAUUGAAAAUAUGUUGAUUUAUGAUAUAUUGUAAAUAACUGUUGAUCUGUUGCACAGAUAAUCUUAGCGCAGGGUUUCAUCAACACUGUGUAUAUCGGAAUAAAUGUUGCGCCAUGGUGCUUAAUAUUUGGAACUUCAAAGCCUUUGGGGGUCUUGUAGAAAUGCUAAGUGUUAUGAUUUCAGAUCGGCCAAUGUUAGUUAAUUAAAAUGUUUUUAAUCGUCUUAGUAGUUAUUUUUUUAUUAUGUCUUUUUUUUUUUUUUUGCUUUAAAUUUAUUACUAAAGGAAAUGAUUAGCCUAGUAAAAAUGAGCACAUGCUUCUAUAUUCUUCAGCUGGAAACCUUCUCUGUUGAUGCACCCCACAGUUCACCAUCUGAAUUGAGUGAUGGAGUUGCUAUUGCUCAGGCAUUGAGCAUCAUGUAUGUACAGUGAUAAAUGCUAUUUAACUUUGUUUUUCUGGGGGUCUAUCAAUUUAUACAACUUUUACCCCACACUAUUCACAUUGUAUAUAAUAUUUUCAGUUGUCUAUGUGAACGUAUAUUUAAAAUAUGGUGUUAAUGUUUUAAUCAAAAUUGAAUUAUGUCGGUAGCAAAACAUUUUAAUGAGUGAUUUAAACAGAUUGAGAUUUAAAGCAGUGGUAAUAGAUAACCACUGGGGUCAUUGUUGAAUUAUUUACUGGACCUGCAUGAGAUGAAAAAAAAACUUGAGUUUGUAAUUUUCUUACAUUAUCAUUUAAAUGUUUUUAGUUGUCUGAAUUAAACAAAUUUUUUUUUCCUUAGUGCUCCCCAUUUUUUUACACAAUCAUGGCUUUCCAAAAUCAGAGCAGAAGAUCUAAGCAACUGGCGAUUAAAGGUAAGCAUCACAAUUUAUGUUUUACCUUGAGGUAUUUAUUUGCUUCAAAAUUAUUUUACAAAUUAAACAUGUUUUGUAAAAUUAGUGUUUAAAUAGAUUUUCUUAAAAAUAUUUUUUUUUUCAUUUAAUUUGAUGUUGUUUAUUUUAGGUAACAAAUCUAAAAAAAAUUCUCAAGGGAAUACUGGAGUAUAACUUAGAGGUAAAUAGCUGCUUUAGCUUUAUAUAGUGAAUGUCUCCUUUAUUAAAACAUAUAUAAUAAAAUAUUGGAUUUCUGCGUGGUUAAAACAUAAAUUUUAUUCAUAUAAAUGCUUGAGAAAGUGCUUGAAAUUUUAAAAAUAAAAAUUGAAUAUACUUUAAAAAAAAAUUAAAUUCAAUAUGCUGAUAAAUUUUUACAUUCUUUUUUAAAACAGUGGCUUUCAACCUUCCUAAUAACGCAACCGUUUAAUACAGUUCCUCAUGUUGUGGCGACCACUGUGUAAGGGUCCUUCAACCUUCAAAGGGGUUGUGGCCCACAGGUUGAGAACCGCUAUUUUAGAAGAAUUUGUAGGGGCCUUGUUGAUGGGUCUUGCACAGAUUUUAUUUAAUGACAUUAAUGCUUCUUCUGACAUUUUUUGUGUGCACCAAGUUAUUAAAAUACAAUUGCUUUUAUUCUUUUUAGUGCUUAGGGGUGACAAUGCAAGGUUUUCAAAUGCCAGAUGUAAAUGCUAUAGGUUUGUAUUGCUUUGUUUCAAAUACUACUUACCCUUUUAUCGACAAGCCAAAAGAUUUUGGCCACAUUAUAUAUUUCUUUGUCUAGACUCAAACAAAAGUAAGUUUUACAUUAUGCUUCCUUGCUUUCCACAUUUAAAAAGAGAUUUUUUUUUUCCAGGUGAACACUGUGAUCCCCAAGAGCUGGGCAGACUACUUCAGCUUGUGCUGAAUAUAGCAAUUAAUUGUGAUAACAAACAAAAGUACAUCCAGACCAUCAUGAGUAUGGAGGAAGAUGUACAGCAGAUCAUCAAGAAUGCCAUACAAGAGGUGACUCAUUUUAUCUAUCGAUAAUUAAAUUUAAAAAAAAAUUAAUCUAAAAUAACCUGUUUAAUGACUGUGGCUGUUGUGGUUAAAGUCGAAAAUUUAUUUUUAGAGUCAAUGUCAUCGGUAGUUUUUAAAUUGAUAAAUGAAAUGAAAUUGUUCUGUUGCAGCUCAUGACUAAAGAAACUUUACCGGGUGAUGACUUGGAGUCUGAGCUUCAUGAACAGGUUGGGCUUAGAGUUGAAUUAGUGUAUAGAGUGUUAAUACAUAAUGCAUCAGACUGAGUGAUUAAACAGUGGAGAUAUGUAUGAUAUUAUUACAAUAGCAGUACAAAAUGUAGGCACCUUAUUCUUCUUGCGAUCUAAAGCGAAAACUGUCCUUUCUUCGCUCCCAAUUAUACUCUUUUCUUAACUUAUUUUUAAUCUUAUAGUUGAAAAAAGCAGUCGAUGAAUUAAACAAUUCACUGGAAGCUAAAGAGGAACUGUUACAACGAUGCCAUGAGCUAGAUGCCCAGGUAGGCUCUUGCAACACAAUUUUAACACAAGUCCUUAUGGACUGUAGAUGUUUUGGCUCUGGUUGUUGCACUUCAAAUAAAAUUAUUCAUCAUUAGAAAUUUUUAGUUUGCUGCCUCUAAAAUUACUAAAACUCCACCAACAUAAAGUUUUUUUAUAAAGCGUAGAGCUGUCCUUGUGACUUAUAACUUGAAGGCCAGAUGAGUAAACCUAUGAAAUACGGCAGUCACUACUGUAGUUGAUAUAAAAGAAAAAUAUGUAAUAAAAUCUCCUUACAAUGAUAACAUUUAUAAAUAAUCAUGUGUUGUUAGACAUUUACCAUUGUGUGAUCCAGGUGGCAAGCUUACAAGAGGAAAGGUUAAGUCUUAUAGCUGAUAGAGAUAAAUUGGAGGAAAGGCUGCAGAUGGCAGAGAGUUUUGAGGAUACCAGGUAAUGGUUUUGACAAUGUCUCAAUAGUCAGUGAAGAAUGGAUAGAUCCAAAUGAUCAAACUUUUCAUAAUUAUCCUGUUAGAAUUAUCCAUUUAUAUUUAGAAAACAUGAGGCAUGAAAGGCAUUUGAGGAAAGAAUAAAUCUUUAUAUUGUGUGCCUUUCAAAAAGAAAUGUAUUGUUCAUAGUUGUUUAGUGUUUUAACAUGUUUACUUUCAGCACCCCUGCUGGAAAAAGAGUGGCUCAACUACAGCACCAAAUAGAGUGCCUACAAGAGGAGCUGUACAGACUGGAAUCAGGUGUGAGAUAGAGACAAGCGCUGUCCUAGUUGUUUACACAUUGAUAACUUACUCUGACUAACUUAAAUAGCUUUAAUCUAUAACAAAAUCACUAAGCCGUAAAUUGCUUUUAAUAUAACUGAUGUAGGAAUAAUUAAUCACCAUUUCUUUUAUUUCGCAUCUGGUAUCUCGCUGCAGAUGAAUUUUUUUUAUCCCAUUGAGUUGAUCCAAAAAUGAACAUGUUCCUUAAUUUUUUUGACAGGCAAAGAUGACUACCGGAUAAAAUAUGAAGUUUUAAAUAAAGAUUACACAGAGUUAAAAGAAAAGGUAAGCAGUGGCCAGAUUUUUAAUUUGGUGAAUUGAUUUUUUUAAUAAAGUUAGGAGCAUUUUCAACUGAAUUGUUAAUGACUUGCAUUUUUAGAUUAAAUGUUUAUCACCUUAAUCAUUUUAUUCCUUUUUUGGUAGAGUGUUUGAGUGGAAUUAUUUUUAUUGUCAGGAUUAAAAAAAAGUUCAGUUUAUUUUUAACUUUCCUUUAAAAGCAGAAGUAUUACAUUUUAAUUGAAUCAUGUUUCUUCAUUUGCCUAGUAUUUAUCAAAGUUCUGAUGGUUCUUUCUUUUAGAAUGCUGAGCUUAGUAAGCUGGCUUCCGAGUCUCGAGCCAUGAAAGAUGAACUCGACAUCCUUAGGCACACCUCCGACUCACUGGUGAGGUUAUCUAACUCAUUGCAUACAUACUAAAUCUUCAUGUGUCAGCUAUUAAGUUUAAGUUCUGUUGGUUUAAGGUCCUUUCUACCCAAUAUAUACCAGAAUUCUUUCUUGUAAAGUUAGGGUGGAAAAAUUUAAAAAUAUUUUGCUCUCCCCAGUCUGUACGAAUUUACACCAGCGCGCUCCCCCAGUGGCUACGAAAUCUAAAAGAUCACCAAUUAUGUCAUUAUAGUCACUAAAGGAGUUAAUUUAUGGCUGAUUUCUAAGCUAGGGAAAUACUUUAAAUGUCUUGUGCUUAAAUUGUGAAAUGUUGUUCUGGUUUAAAUAUGUAUUUAUUUAUGUGCUGAAAAUGAAAAUCUACAAUGCUAUCAAAAACAUUUCCAUUUAUUUUGAUCAAUAAAGAAUCUUAUCUUAUAUUUGACGUUAUAUAAUCUUAAAAUCUACUCUCAAGAUCAUCCGCUUUGAGGAGUAAAUAAUACAUGUACAACAAAAACAGGGGGGGGGGUUUGCUAUCGCAGUAGUCUGAGUACUCUUCUGUAUGUACAUACAUCCAUGGCUAGCUUUUAUGCAAUUUUAAUGGAGAUUAUUUAUUUAUUUUUUCAGGCUAAGUCAGAGUCUUUGGUAGAGUCAUAUAAGAAGAAAUUAGGUUGGUCAAAUUCUUCCUAUGCCAUAGCUUAAUUUACAGCUCUAUAGGAGUAUCUUACCCUUUUUUUUUUCCAAAUGAAAAAUAAACUCGGAUAAGCAACAGAUUAUUUGAUAUUGAAAAGGAACAGUGCAAGCAUUGACACUCUGUGAGUUAAAAUGAUAGUCUAUGGUAAAGUUUGUAAGCUUUGAAAUCAUGACCAUUGAAGUAAAAUAUUUUCAAACCAACCCUAAUUAGAAAUUUUUGCUUUGACCUGAACAGAGGAGUUCAGUGAUCUGAAAGGACAAAUGAAGAUGGUGGAAGAGAAGAACACCAAGUACAUGCAGCAACAGAUUGAAAUGGAAGAGGUAAUAGAUUUUUAGCACUCUGUGUAUAAAUAUGUACUGUAGAAAUGGUCUAAACUUAACAACCGUUUAGAAAUGAGGCAGAUGCUGAAAGCUUAAUAUACCAUGUUUAGUAAAGUUAUGGAAUGACUGAAAUAUGUUUAUUGGAGCUUCUGAAACUUUUCAAUAUCAUUACUUUCAUCACACUGCCUGUACAUUCACAUGCACAACUAAGAGAAGUCCUAUGCGCUUAAAUUUUUAUUUCUAAAAUGUUAAGCCUCAUUAAAUGUAGGAUGAGAAAAAAAUUGAAAUGCUGCUAAAUAAUGCAUACAAUGUUCUGUUUCUGAUUCCUUAUGAUUAAAAGGAGGAAAAAUCUUGACACCCUCUCUAUUUGAUUAUUGAACUCUUGUGUUUAUUUACAAUAUUAUAUUAAACAAUCUCCAGUCAUAAGUAUUUCCUCAUGAUAAUUUGUUGAGAUGCUCUCCGGUUGUUAAAACACUUGAAAUGUAGUCAUUAGCCAGAUAUGAGGGGGGAAAAGACAUACCGCAAAUAGUCUGACCUGAAUUAAAUGUAAUCUAAAUCUGUAUAACAUCAGCUCGUGUAAAAUUAAAUUGUAUGUUAUCUUAUUUGUCUGAAGGAAUUGAAGCGUGUCACAUUACUAAAGCAGCAACUGGAAUCUUACAAGAGGCAGACCUUGGAGCUGCAGAACAAGUCAACUGAAGAAACGAAAAGGGCUGACAAAGCAGAGUUUGAGUUCAAAAGAAUACAGGAGAAGCUCACCACAUUACAGAGGGAAAAAGAGGUUAGCUUCUGGGUUCUAUACUGCCAGAUCAGUUUUGGACUCUUACAUUCACUUGAAAUUCCUGACAGUUUUAUUAAAAUAGAAAAUUAAUAUAAUACCUGUUUUUAAAUCUAAGUUUUAAAAUUAUAUGUUUCAAGCACCAUUUUUAUUGUUGUUUUGUUUUGUUUUUUUUCUUUAAGUUGAAAAUUAUUUUGUUAAUUUAUACACUUAUUGCAGGUUAAUUGUUUAGUGCUAUUCCACACCCUUUGUAUCCUAUUUUAAACUUUCAAGGUAGCCUCCUUUAUUUGCCAAGCUACUACACUCUGUACAAUGCAUAACACAUGCCUUACCAUCCCUCCCUUUCGUCAGUUCUAAAAAAUAAACAUGGGCCACAACUUGAGUUGUGAUCAGCAGUAAUGAAGGGAAAAAAAUAGUUACAAUGCAAUUACGCUGGAUGUAAUGUGGGCAUUAUGUCGGACUGGAGUACUAGGUAGGCUGUGCCUGGCCAAAGGCCGAAGUUUGCUGACCUCCUAUAUGAGGUUUGACAUGUUCCCAAAGAAAAACCGAUGAGUGCAUUUCAUCUGGUCAUUAGGCUGGGGAUGGGAGCGGAACAGAUAUUCCGGCCCCAGGCCCAACCCCACUUCUGCUGUUUUUUUAUUUUUCUUUAAAGAGAUGCCUCCAAACACUUGUUUCAUUUUUUUCACCCAGAGGAUCCAGACGGAGCGAGACUCCCUGCGUGAGAUUAACGAUGAGUUGAAGUGUACACAGCUGCAGAGUUCAGGCUUGGGUAUAGCCAGCGAGCUGAAUGACCCAGGCAGCAAUAUGGAGAUGCUCUCUUUACCCCCUGAAAUAAGGUGCGUUUAAAAAAAAAGACGCUGCUUUUGGUUUUCUUUACUUAUCUUUGAUUUUGGGCAUCGGUGUAACAUGGAUGGCCCAUUUAAAUCCCAUGCCAAGUUGGCUCGUGUCUGUCACCUCGGGAUGGCUUCCCUGAUUUUAAAAUUGACCAGCUGCAAAACAAUGAAAUAACAACUCCUAACUCUUUUUUUUUCAGGGAACGCCUUCUUCGACUUGAACAUGAAAACAAGAUGCUUAAGAUUCGAACCUCUGCUGGUCAGGAUGAAGCUGUCGUCUCAUCUGAGAUGCUGGAUGAGGUCAAUGCCAAGAAGAAUGAACUGGAGACAGAAGUCAGGUACUAAUAUUAUAUAGAUUUGAAGUUGCUUCUGAUUUUUUUGUGUGGGCUCCCCACUUUUUUUCAUUAUACAUUUUUUGUACACUAACUGUUCAAAGGUCAAAGGUUAUAUGUGCCAGACCAGCUAAUAAGACAAAAAAAAAGAAGGGGGGGGGGGGGGGGGGUUUGUUAAAAUAAACAUUGAAAACAUAAUGGCAAAUUAAGCAGUUAAAAAAAAAGAAAAAUUAAUUGACACUGUAACUCGGAACAAAAUAUCAGACAAUGAAUGGGAGCAACCCUAUACUAAUUUGUACCGUGGUUCUUGAUUUAAUUGUAUGCUUUUGUUUAUAAUAUAUGAUUAUUUAAAAUAUUUUUUAAAAUUGUAAAUUCAUUUUUCCCUUUUUAUCUUUCUGCGUAUAAGUGACGUUCCUGCCGCCUAUUUUAAUGUAAAUUAAGUCAUGCGAACAACUUGGUCUAGGAUAUAUUCUCUUUUUUUCUCUCUUCCCUGUGUCGCAGAGAUUGUUAAAUGUUUUACAGGAGCAUAAUUUAAUUUUAAAAGUGAUUGAUACAAUAAUCACACUUUACAAGGUGCUAAAAGGGGCUUUUCAAUUCAAAUUUAUUAAAUUUUCCAAAAUGUUAUAUUUCGCCCAAACUCACGCCACAUAGUUUGCUUUGAUUGACUUCAGAUUGCUGAACCAGCAGCUGAUGAAGGUCCAGGCAGAGCUGGAGGACCUGCAGGAGAAUGAGAAGUCUGCAUCUGCCGCCAGCAACUCUGAGUAUGUGUCCAUGAGGACCCAGCUGUCUGAGAGCAAGCAGAGGCUGGAGGAGAGGGACCUGCAGCUCCACCAGAAGCAGCAGCACAUAGACGACCUCAGCACUCGGCUCGCUGCCACCAACGACAGGGUGGUGGAGCUGGCUGACCAGCUGGGCAGGAAGGAUGAGGAGAUCCGCAUCAUGGAAGAGAAAUACAGAAAGUACUUGGAGAAGGCAAAAAAUGUGAGUGGUCUCCCCUUCUUUAAAUUUUAAGAUUAAAAAAAAAGGAUUCUUCUGUAGAUCAAUGCUCCUAGAAAUAUCAUUAAAUCUCUUCAUAUGUUGACUUCAUUACACUCUAAUUAUUUAAAUUUUAUUCUUCAAAUGGACUAAAGCUACAAAGAAGCUGUUUUUAUUAUUUUCCCCUCCAGGUGAUAAAAAGCCUGGAUCCCAGACACGGGUUGGAUUCAUCAACAGAAGUAUUUGCAUUGAAGAACCAGCUGCAUGAAAAGGAUAACUACAUCAGUUUCCUAGAGGUGGGCACUUCUUCUGCUCCUGUUGGUCAUUUUUAUAAAGUUGUUGUUCUAACUGCUUAGCUACUGGUUGCUUCAUUAAUCACUAAAAUGUAGAGACAGACCAAAAGUGAUUUUCUGAUAUAUUUUUUUUUAAUGAAACGGAAACCAGACCGACAGUUAAAAUUCACUUUCAACCGAAGCUGAAGCCGAAUCAAAAGCGUAACAAGUCUUUUAACUGAAACCGAAAGUUUGAGAAAUUUCAAAACUUGUUCACGCAUACUUUCUGCAUGCACCGAAAAAUGAUGGGGGACAGUAUUGAUAUUUAUUAUAUUCUUUUUAUACAAAAAAUGAGAUUCUCGUGAAUUCCAAUAGAUGUAAUGAAUACUUUGGCUUUUAGCAUUUGAAUUAAAAAGUAAUUUAAAGUUGUUAAAAAUGUAUUUUAAAGUUGUAUGGUAAGUGAAAAGUUUGACCGGGUGUGGGGGGGGGGGGAUUCAUGCAUAAAUAGACCCUUGAGUGCCCUUUGCUUUUAUAACAAAAUUAUCACACUACCUAGACAUAUUUGGUGUCACUUAACCUAUGCAUCUUUUGUUGGUAUGGCCCACUGAAAUAUCCAGAUGUAAGCCUUGGAGGAACUCUUUCUCCCACUAAACCAGAUAUUUUCAUUGAAACUUGCUUUCUUGCUGGUUGACAUUUAACUAUUUUGUUGAUCUGCAAUUAUUAUUUAUCGGGCAACUUAAUAUUUGACGCAGGUUAAACAAAAGUUCAAUGAAUAUUGAACUAAGUUUAGUGUAUAAUACAGUAGCAGACCUGGUUACAAAGGGAGCUCCCCCAUAUAGUACAAUUAAAUUUCAGAAUAGUACUGAAACAUCUCAAAAUCAUAAAAUACUGCAUUGUAAUAGUAAAUAAAUAAACAUACUCUAUAAUGUGUACAAUAACUAUUCGCAUAGUUAAUAAAGGUCACUUCUCAAAGCAGAUAUCUGACAUUUAAAUAUUUAUGUACUGUGCAGUAUUUCAAAUAAAAGUUGGCCUGUCGUUUGCCACUUUGAUGGAUGAAGAUGUGGUUGGGGAGGGGAAAUUAAGGACGCCUGCCGAAAUCAAAAAAAAAAAAAAAAAAAAGUUGGGGUUGGGGGAGGAGGCUGAUCCCCUGCCCAGAAUUUUUUAAUGAAUUCAUAAGGAAGGGAUGCCCUUUUGCGUAUACUUGAAUAUAGUUUUUCACAGACCUGUUUACUCUUACCAUUUUGGCGUACAAUGUAAAUUUUUGAGGUGUAUACAUUAAAUAUACUGUACCGGUAUGUCUAUUUUUUAUUUUUUUUUAACUAUUAAGAUAAUGUAUUGAAUGAGUUUGUGAUGAUAUUAUACGAUUUUAAGAGUUUGGGGGUAAAAAGGUCUGUUUUUUUUUAUCAUUCUAGACUUAAUCAUAAUCAUGGGAACAGUUAGGUUACCCUUACCUAGAUUUGUUUACAUAAAUCCUUUUUAUGUUAGUAGUUAAUAAAUUACUAGUAAAAGUGUUUUAUAAGUUAUUACUACCUAUUUUUAAUCUAUCAGUCCGAAAUUGGGGCGGGUUAUGACUCUUUUAAAAGGUUGUCAGAUUACUGUAAAAUGACACAGAUUUAUGCUUCUGACUUUCUGCUGGCAUGACUUCUACGGCCUAAUUAUAUUUUAAUGACUGUUGCAAAUAUCAAGGGUAUGCAAGUUUUUUUUUUGUAACUGAUUCAUAUAUUUUUCAGAACGAUCAAGAAAAGAUGAAGUCUGUGAGAGAGCAUGAGGAAAGACUUAUUGUAACAGCAUGGUACAACUUGGUUAGUCACUACCUUUUUUUCCGUGUCUGAUAUACAGCAAACAGGAAAUUUAAAAAAAAUCCCACUGAGAAAAAUAUGGUAUAAAAAUGAGUUCCCUGUAAACAAUAACUUUUUUUGGGGCAGCAUUGCUCCAGGACACAAUCAGCUGUUUACAAAGUUGAUUAAUUAAAACAGAGGCAGUCUUUAUAACCUUUACUGCCAAUUAAUCACUUUUUUAAAAGAAUUUCUAACACAAUAUCUUGUUACGCAACGUAGUUGACUAGACUUUAAUGAAAAUCAAAUACUUUUUUUUUUUUUACAUUUGCAGUUUAAUUAAAUGUUUUCUUUUCCCUGUUUAGGGCAUGACAUUCAGAAAAUUUAUUUGUUAGAUGAGUUUCUGUUGUCACAACAAAAAGUUUGUUUCUUGGCCAAAAAUUGCAAAUUUAUAAAUAAUAACACAUUUGAAACCCAAUUAAUGCAGAAUCCAAAAGUGUCAAUCUUACAUAAUUCCCGCUCUAACUUGUCCAUUUCAAUAAUACUUUAAUAUUUUUGGCAACCUUAUGUGAGUUUUCCCCAGUCUGUUUUAUUGUCAAGAUGCAAGACCUUUAAAAUUUUAUGAAGGUUGUUUUAGAAUUUUCUACAUAUUUUUUGUGUGGAUAUAUUGUAGCUCUAUUUUAAGCUUCGAUCUCUGUCUUCAGGGAAUGCAACUUCAAAGGCAAGCAGCAGAGGAGCGCCUGGCCAACAGCUCCAUGGGCCAGUCCUUCCUGGCACGUCAGCGUCAGGUGCACACGCGGCGGGCAAAUACCAUCAACUCCCUACACAGCAAUGCAACCCCGAGGUGAAACCGUUAUCUCAGAUUUUUACUCCUUGCUUAUUGUAUCUACACCUGGCAUCUGCUUCACAACCUUGUACAGUUCACCUUCAACCUCCCUGUUCAUUUCCGUAGCUUUUUUACCUUGUAAAAAAAAAGGAUUUGUUACUAGAAAGGAUGAUGUAUUAAAAAACUUCAUUUUAUUUUUAAGCCCUUCAUGAAAGAUUCUUUUUAAGAAAUUUAAUUUUUUAAAAAUCAUCUUUAAUAUGUAUAAAGUAUUUUAACUUUUAUGUUUAAAAUUUAUUUUAACAAUUGAAGAUGAUAUUUUAUGACAUUAUUUUGAAUAUUUAGUUUUAGAUCAAAUUGUUUUUUCAAUGCUUUGAUGCCAUUAGCUUUAUUCCUUUUCAUUUUCCCUACAUCUUCAAACGCAAAACUAUUCCACAAAUUUGAAUUUGAUUCAACCUGUGCCUUUCAAUUGAUAACGACGGCUGUACAUAAAUAAUCUGAAAGUUCUGGUCGUCCAUUAAAUGACCAUAGUUGAGUGUAAUGCUUUUUAACAUUUUGUUAUUCUUUAUAGUAUAAAAGAACAACUUUUAUACUUGGUAUUUGUUGCUUCUACUAAGUUGUAUGUUUAGCCUCUUCAUGCUAAUUAACUAAAUCAUGUACACAAAAAAAAGAGGCUUCCAACUAGACCUGUACUCACCAUCUGUAACAAUUAACAUGAAUUCCAGAUUAAUUUGUCCUUCAAUCAAUUUACAAAAAAAAAAAAAAAAAAAAAAAAAAAAAAAAAAAAAAAAAAAAAAAAAAAAAAACAAAAAAAAAAAAAAAAAAAAAAAAAACAACACACUAACAACACAUUGAGGUUCCUCAUCACAGAAUCACUUUUAUUGUUUGUGCUAUAAACAAUAAUUUUUCUGUAUAAACUUUUAGUCUGCUGUUUGCUCUCCACUCCUGUAAAAUGCAAGCCGAAGAGUGUUCUUUUUACCUUGUUCUAAAAAUCAUUUUCAAUAUUUUACAUGUUUUGUGUCAUAACCUAUUCAUUGGAAAACAAUACUUAUAACAUACUCCAGUCAUGCUUAUAGUUAUAACACCCUAGUCAGAGACCACACAACAUAUAGAAUACUUGUUUCUUUGAGAUUUUUUUUGUAUUUUUUUUAAACCCACAGCAGUAUUGUUGGUAGAUUUUCAUAUCUUUGAAAUAAUUGGCUUUAUCAUAGUUAAAUUAGAGCUAACUCUUUUUAUAUAAAGGUUGUCUGUUCUGGUUUUUUGUUUGUUUUUUGUUUGUUUUUGUUUUUAAAAAGAAAGAAAAAAAAAAAAAUCAGAUUUUUCAGUCAACACCUACUAUUGGGAAAGUGUUAAUUUUUAAAGCUCUUUUUUUUGUUCCCCCCCCAAGCAAACUUAAGUGACAGUUAUCUUGUUCCAUCCAAUUAUUUUCAUUGAGCAUGAUAAAAGUGAGGGAAGUAGUAUUUUCACAAAUGAACAAUCCAUGUAAUGUUGAAUCUUCAGAAACACUUGCAGACAGUGCAGUUUAAAAAAUGUGUUAUUAAUGUAUGUAAUAUUUCUAAAAAUGUUAUUGAUGGGCAUAAAGGAGCAUGUUGAUUAUUUAUUAAAAAACUUAACACACCUUAAUAUAUUUCUCAGCCAAAUAGCUAAUUCAUCAGUUGACCUGUUAGCACAUAUGGUGUAAAAAGAGUUUUUUUCAGUAACAGACAUCAGCAAGAUUCAUGACUUUUCAAAAGACUAGAAUAACAAUAUGACAUUGUUUAAUGCUUUGCAUCUUUUUUUUUGUGGAAAAACAAAAUUAAUUAACUUGGGAAAUGUAUAUUUUAAAAUGGGAAAUGUAUAUUUUAAAAAAUUGCUCCAGUUUGAUGCUGAUGCUUAAAACUUUUUUUUUUUAAUGGUUUUCUUAUUUAAAGUAUGUAUAUGUGAGUUAUGCAAAUAUGAUUUAAAUUGGUGGAACCAGAAAAAUUGUGAUCAUAUUUUACCUCACCUUAAAUGUUGAGAAUCAAAGGGAAAUAGGAAUGUUUGGACAUGGUGAUAAAUUAUUUAUAAUCACUCUGAUGAGCUUGUCUGUGAGACAAAUUUAUAUCACCUUGCUUCAAUGUUUCAUGUAAAUUGCUUUCUAAAACAAAUCAUUUACUUAGGAAUAAUCCAUUUAUUUAUUCAUUAACUGAAUUUCUUUCCAAACUGAUGAAUUAUUUCCAGCCAGUUAAACAACCCCCCCCCCUCCCCCCCGGCCAUUGUGGUUGGAAUGGUGUGGAACUUUUUGCUGUUUGUCACCUCCUUUCAUUACUCAGACCUCCAGAUUUGCUUUGUUAUUCACUAAAAACCUCAUGGCUUAAAUUUUUUUUUAAAAAUACUAACUCAGUGCAUAUUAUUUGUGAUAUGUACAUUCCAGGUUCUCAAGCCAGUUUUUGGUGGUGUAAUACCCUGAUGAUAUUGGACUUAGAAAUUUUAAAAUAUUUUUUUUUAGGUUUAACCAGCACUGUAUUUGGCUACUGUCAAAAAAAAAAAUCAAUCGUUCACAAGACUGUGUUCAACAUUUCGAAUUUUAAAAAAAUCUCCAAGGAUGGAUAUUGAUUAAGUGAAUUCAUAUAAUAUAAAAAUCAAUGCAUAUGAUACAGUAAAAUCUACCCGCUCAUUGCAAACCAAUAUCAUUCAUGUGCGGUUAUUUACUGAGAUUGACUUGCCUGAAAUGUCCAAUGCUCAUUCAAUUUAUUGCUAAAAUUGCUUAUAUGUUUUCACAAGGAUUUAUUGUAAAAAAAGGGAACUAAUCUUUCUUGUCAAUCUGUGAUUUAUAUCAAGAUAGGAUGGAUAUAGCUUAAUUCCUGUUCUUUAAUGCUAGCAACAAGUACAAAGUAACCAAUUUUAGCACCUGCAGGUAUUACACUACUAAACAUUUGUCAACUGCUUAUGUGUUGCAGCUUUGUUUCCAUUGUUUUAAAAUGCUUGUUGUAAAACAAAUUACUUUAUUUUUAAAUGUAUCCGCUUUAAAACAUUUUUUAAAAGUCAAGUUGUCAAUUAGAUCAUUGUUAAUGUCAGUCGUCACGUAUUUCCGGAUUGCGCAGCAGCGGCACCACCUACUUGUAUCAGUUUAUUUGACUUGGAGAAGAAUUCAAAUUCUAAGACAUAAGUUUAUGUAAUAGAUUCAAGACCUUUAACUGACAAUAUCAUUAAUAUGUGUGCUGCUGUCAUUUACAUUGGAGCCAAUAACUCUGGAAAGAAAAAAAAAUUCACUCAUGAAGUUUAAAAGUAAAUAUCCAGUUUGAUUAUUUCGAUAGUCUUGAACGUAGGGUCCUUGUAUUUAUGAUUAUUAUUUAAAUUAGAGUGGUAGCAAUGUGAUCAUCCAGGAAUAAGUUGAAAAUGUCAGUAGACAUUGUUUUUCUUUCUUUCUUUCUUGCAAAUGACUGUGAGGUUGUAAUGUCUGGGAGAGCAAAAAUGUGUGGGGGAAAAAUUAGAAUUUCUUAUGGUUGUGUUGACCGAAUGUUCUCCCCCAUCUGGAAUCUGGGUUUUAAAAAAAUGCUGUUGCUAGGGAUAAAACAUCUGUUCAAAAAAUUAAGUUUAAAAAAAAAAUUGAAUUAAUGACGUAAUUCUCAAACCUGUUUAACUCUUUGUGUUAAGCAUCUCUCUGGAGAUGUCACAAGAAAAAGUAAAAAUUUAGAAAAAAACAACUUGAAUACUCAAACUUUGGUAUUAUGAUUAUAAAAUAUGUAAUUUGAGUUUCACAUACAAACUGUUUUGCAAUUAAUUUGUUCCUUUCUGUCAGCAUCUUUUGUUAAUUGUGUAGCUAGUGUUUAUGUUGUUUAACUUAAAAUGAACACUCAGCUAACAAAUAUACCCUAUUAUUCAUGACUUCAUCUCACAGCGAAGUCGAAGAAGGCCCACUAACCAUUCAAACCCCGAACUCAAAGCGUAGGUUCUCCUUUCGAAAGAGCAAGCAGGCGUCCCCGUCCCCGAUGUUGUCGAGGAAACCCAGCAACUCAGCCUCGGUGCAGCCCGCCAUACCCCAGGCGGCAGAGGAGGAGCCCUUCCCACAGAUUAGUCCAAACCAUUUCAAUGGGGGUGGCGGCAAUAGGUCAAAACAUACGUGAUGAUGGUUUGAGAAGUGUUUAGCAUAGGCACUGUGUACAGUGUGGCAUAACUAUAUGCUUAGAAGACUCAAAUUUAAUGGUUCGUUCUGAAAAUGUAAAUUAUUAAAAACUAUUUAAAUUGUAUCAUGAGGUGAGAACAGCAGAGCAAAGUUAAUGUUGCACUGGAAGGUGUUGGUCCAGAUUUGUUAUUUGUAAUCACAGGGAAUUAGUUGUAUGCGCCUUUGGGGAAGUUCAAAACUCGUGAUUCCUGGAACAAAUGUUGAAUUUCAGACAGUGAGUAUUGCGCAAGGCCAAACUAUGUUACUGGAAGCAACUUCAAUCUGAUUUUCUUGUACUGUGUGUGACCUACUUUGCCCGUAUACUGUGUACACCUGGUUAUGUAGAAAUACUUUGAUUUGAUGAGAUGCUAGUCACGGUUGACCAUUAAAGCCCAGGGUCUUGCCAUUGUUGACAAGUUUGUGCACAUUUUUAUUUUCACAAUUAAGGCCCUUUUUAAUGCUUCUUUUAGUCAUUGAAAGUAACAGUGCUUAUUAGUGCACAGAAAAAUUAGAGAGGAAAAAAAGUUACGGCCCCAAUGCAGACCAAUGUAAGAACUUCACAACCCAAACCUUAAACAUUUUUUAAACCUUUGUGUUUGAGCUGAAUAGCACCAUCAGAGCCAUAAAUCCUUUAUUCAUAUUUAAAUUAUAAAUUUUUUUUGCACGUGCAUGAUUGUGUGAGUGUCCUCUCAGAUCAUUUUUAUAGCAUCAGGUGGGCUCUCUCAAGUUUUUAAUGCACUCGUCUUAACAUUUUUGUUCUUGCACAAAUAGCUGCCACUGUCGUCUCACAGCGUGUGGUUGAGAAACCAUUCAGACAUAAUCAAUGAUAGUGUUGUUACUCUUGUUCAAAUCAUCUGUAACUUACCAGUACUGCCACCUCCUCCCCCCCCAACCCACUUGUGUCCUGUUGUUAUAUAAUACCUCAUACCCAUAGGGGUGGUCUUCCUUGAAGUAAGGGCUCUGUUCCAGUUAGCUCAUGUGCUUAUUUCUUCUCUGUUGUUGUUUUUUUAAACUCCUUUUUCUUUUUUUCAUUCACAGGUUACCUAAUCACACUUUUUCAAAAAUUUACUUUUUAUUCUUUUUAUUAUAAUUUGUAAACUGUCCGUGUUGCCUCAGAUGAUAUGUUGCUGUAUUUAUACAUCUUUUUGAAAUUAGUAGAAAAAGUUAACCCAAAAUUUUAAGGCACACCUGUGAAGACAUUGGUGGCAUGUAAAUUUGAUGGGGAGCCUCUUCCUUGCUGACUGCGUCUAAGAGAUUUAGUUUAAUUUCAUGGGACUCAGCUUUGAGACACCAGAUUUGAUGAAGGGCUUACAUAAACUUAGUAUUAAAAAAAUUGAUUUGUAAAAAUGACACGUUUUUGUCAGAUGGCAUCACAGCUAAAAGAUCUAAAUAUUUCAGUUGUACAUCUUAAAUAGAAAUCAUGUUCCUGAUUAUAAAACUAUGCCCUGAAGGUUAUAUAUUAUGUUAUGUCCAGCCAGUUUUGUUGUGUGUAGGAAAUAUAUAAAUAUUAAGGAGAAGCUUUCAGAUUUUAUAACUCAUCGUGAAAUGAUUUAAGCAUCACUGAUUUUACGGAAAAACAAAAAAUAUUUUAUUCACAGCUCAUGAUUUUUAAUUUUUAUCUAUCUUCCCAUCUUGUUUUGCCUGGAGUUGAUGUACAAAUGCUUAAUUUAAUGGUCAGAGCUCUAUUCUCUUUUUUCAUAUUUGCUUUGUUUUCAUAAUGGCUUUGUGAAAUGUUAGUACAGAAAAAUCUGCUACGGGCAUAAGUUGAAAGGCUUAACUUGUGUGUUUCUUAUGAAAAUGCUGGUCUGGUUAAAACCUGUGAUUCUAGGGGAGCACAGUACAGCAGAAAAGGAAUGUGUGAAAAUGACAGAUGGGCAGUUUGGCAUGUUAAACAAAAAAAAAUGUAUCUCUGGAACUUGUAUGUCCCUUAUAUGUUCUUCAAGCUCAUUGCUACAAAUGUUGCAAUGAUUGUGAUACAACUUUCUGUUCACUUGUCCUGCAUAUUUUAUCUUUGCAUGUUUAAAAUUAUAAUCCAAAAAUUCAUUAUUUUGCAUAACAAAAACCAAUUAUUGUUUUUCAAUGUGUCCAUGUUUCAAAAUAUUUUUUGAAAACUUCCUAUGCACAGCAAACGUGCUUGUUUACAA